AUGCCCAGCAAGAUCGGUAAAACAAGACCCAACCAUGGAUCCAAUCAUGGACCCAAGCACUCUAGCUCACUUCAAUCAUUAAGCGACUACAUUGCUUCUGCUAGUUCAUCUGUAGAUAAUGAGCCCAAUUUGACAAAUAAUCUCAACCCCACUCACAAUUGCUCUACUAGUGUUGACACUAGAUUGUACCCAACUAUUGAUCCAAUAGCUGAUGAAAAAUUGGCCGCUAAAACUAAUAGUAUGAGCAUGAAUAACCAAGACAACAUUGAAUUGUUGGAUAAUGAGCUGACCAAUAACCUCAACAUACAAGACAUGUCAGUUGAUGAAAUUGUUGGUAAAACUUUUCUCAAACACAAUAAUGCUAAACUAGAUACAAACAGAACUCUUCUUGACACUGAUCAGAUUUUAGAAAUUGUAUCUGUUAUUGCUAGCCCACACAACCCUAUGACCUUAAAUUUCCAACAUGUUGUAAAAGCCACUCUCAGAAUACUCUCUGAUGACAUUAAAUACGAAAUCACCACAGAAAGAAAGGCUUUUAAAAACCAUAAGGACAGAAAACAUGUUUGGGAUAGUAAUGUCCAACAAGACAAUGAAGAAUUCAACAUCAAUGACAUAGCAGUGAAGGAAAUCACUCCUACCAGAUAUAUUGCUGUUAGAUAUAGCAAAAUAUUUGAAGAGAAUGAGGUAAUUGAAUUAAUUAAGGUCAACCUUAGUGGCAAAUAUAUCACCAUCAAUCCGAUUAUUAAGCUCAAUAAUACCAUAAUUGUCACUAUUGAAGAUUGCGCUCAAGUAGAACAGGCUGUUGAAACAUUACGUACAAAAUUUAAAGAAGUCAAUAUCACUUCAUCAUGUGAAAACGACACCAACAAAAUUAUACGUGUCCAUAAUAUUCCAAUAGGAGAACUAUGGAAAACUAUAGUCAAGGCAGAUUGGAGGAAUGCAAUUGAAAGCGAUACUGGUGAACCCAUUGUUGAAAUUGCUACAGCUAGAAUUGGUAAAGAAAUGGCAGCAGUGAUCACUGUCAAAAGUAUGAAAGCCAGAAAUAAUCUAUGUAAGGCAAAAACAUAUGAUAUCACUAUUCCUAGAACAGAGGAAACAGUCACUAUGAAAAUCGACAUACCAUUCAACUAUGCAAUGGAUGUGCAAUACUCUGACAUCAUUGGUAGAUGGCCUGAAAGAAAUGAUUUGAUUAGAGCUAGAAUACAAACGGAAUCCUCUCUUGCCAGAAAAUACAAUAAUGACCAACCUAUUAGUAAACCAUGCUGCAUGAAUGAAUGGACAUUGGAUUUUGCUCUCAAUUAUCCAAUGCUAGAAGAUUUCCUGGAAAAGAAACCUGAUACAGUUCACAAAAUUUCACAAAAUUUAGGCAGAUCUUCUAAAAUUGCAGCGAAAGACAUUUCCUUUACUCUUGAAAAAGUGCAACAAGAUCACCUAAAAGAAAUCAUGAGAAUUGAAGCUUCUAUGGAUAAAAGAAUUUCAGAACUUGAGGCAAGACAGAAUCAGAAAUUGGCUAUGGGAUUUAAGGAAAUGGCUAAUAUUAUCAGAGCAAAUAAUGAAGAAUUAAUGAUUACCAAUAGAAUUGCUACUCUAACAUUUCUGUCUGGUUGUACAAAAGAUAAUACCAAGAGGAAGAUAUAUCAAGAGGAAAUUGAUGAGUGUCACAAAAAGCUAAAACUACUUGAUUCACUUCAGAAGUUAAAAGCGUCUACAUUGGUCCAGAUUUUCCCCUCUAUAUAUUAUUCUUCAUUUACAUAUUAUCACAAUCCAAGAGAUUCCUGUGGUGUAUCUAUUUGCCUCAACAAAAGCACUUUCAAAGAUAUUGAAGAAAUCAUCUUAGAUCCGAUCAUUAAGAAUAACGCGCGAAUUAUUGGCGUGAAAUGUAAAAUCAAUUCAAUUAAUACUCUAGUAAUUUCUGCGUACUUUCCAAAUCAACCAGCUGACAGAUGUGAAUUCGCAUAUAUUCUUGACAACCUAAUUGAAAAAUAUCCUAACUACAAAAUCAUUAUUGGAGGUGAUUACAAUGCGAUUUUAUCCGAGAAUCACUCCUCAAACGAAUCUAGAAGAACUGAUCAAAACAUACUAGAUCUUAUUAACAAGAGAAAUCUUAAUUACUAUCCUUUCCCUCAUUUAUCAUGGCACCUUCAUUAUACUAUUAACAAACAAUCCAAGUCUAUAAUAGACUACAUAUCCACAGAUUUUCCAAUUGCAUCUGGAGAAGUACUGAAUGCCAACUUCAUAUCAGAUCACAAAAUGGUUAAAAUUCUACUUGACCUCUCAUGUCAACGAACACCUUUGUUAAUUCGGAAGAAGCGUAACUUUCAAGAUCCCAAAAAUAAGAAAGAAGUGCUGGCCUUUAGCAAAGAAUGUGUAUCUCAAGUUAAGAAUUUAGAAUCUGAUAACGACAAAUGGCUUUUCAUUUGUGAUAAACUAGGCGACAAAUUUGUGGAGGUCAAUCCACCUAAACUUGAUCCUAAAAUUCACAAAUAUAAUAAGCAAUAUAAGAAGCUCAUGUUAAUACUUGAUAGAAAUGAGCACGGAUAUCCUUGUGACAAACUUUUGACCGCUAUUGGUAAAACUUUAGAACAGGUUCCAAAAUGUCUUGCAAGUGUCAAAGAGAAAAUCAAGAACCAUAUCAAAUGGAGCCAUGAUAAGGCUUUGAACAGAAAGAUGAAAUGGUGGGAACAAAACUAUGCAACCAACUCUAAACAUCUGAGAAAGAAAAUUUACAAAACGUCAUCACCACCAUACAAAUUAUCUAUCGAAGGAACUGAAAUUAGUGACCCCAAUGAAGUUGCCAAUAUGAUCAAGGACAAAUAUCAACAAAACCUCAACUUUAGAGGAAGAAAUCAUCAAAUUGACAUUACCAAGUUUUUCAAGUACAAACAUUCAUUAAUUGAUAAUUGCAAUGACAAAAUACUCGAUAGAAUUACCACGGAAGAGAAAGAAUGGAUAAUUCAGAAUUUGAAAUCCACAGCACCCAAUGAACUAGGUUUAAGACAAAAAAACUAUCAAAUACAUGUGUAA